CUCCAACAACAACAAUACUUGUCCAUCAUAUCAUAUCAAACCCCACUCACUUCACUUCACUUCACCUCACCUCACCAUCUUUCCUUUUUACUACUCUCUGUUUUCUAGCCUCACACAAUCCUUUUAAAGAUCUUCAUUUAUUUUCAUCAUGUUUGAUGAUCUUUUAGUAACUUAAAACAACAGAAAGUCAACAUAUAUGUUUCAAAGGCUAGGAACUAUUGCAGAAGGAUGUAAAACCAUAUACAUAUAACUCUGUGUUCCACCAAAAAAGAUUCAAGAUUUAGAAUCUUGAAAAAGGUGUGCUUAAAAAAGAAAAAAAAAAGACAUGUUUUUAUUGAAGUGAAGAUGAGUUUGAGAUAAGGGUGUUGAUUAGUUUUCAAUAAAGAAGGUGAAAGGGGUGAGUUUUCCCUUCUGUUUUUGUUAUUCAGUUUUCAAUAUAAUAUAGAAAUAUAUAAAUUAUAUAGGAGUAUAAGAUGAUGAUGGGGAUGGCAUGCAAUAAUGAUGAUGGGAAAGGGGGAAUACUUGAUAAUGGGAAGUAUGUUAGAUAUACACCUGAGCAGAUUGAAGCAUUGGAAAGACUAUAUCAUGAGUGUCCAAAACCAAGUUCAAUUAGGAGACAACAACUCAUUCGUGAAUGUCCUAUUCUCUCUAACAUUGAACCUAAACAGAUCAAAGUUUGGUUCCAGAAUAGAAGAUGUAGAGAAAAACAGAGGAGGGAGGCUUCACGCCUUCAAGGUGUGAACCGAAAACUGUCAGCAAUGAACAAACUCCUUAUGGAAGAAAAUGACCGAUUGCAGAAGCAAGUGUCACAUUUGGUGUAUGAAAAUGGGUAUUUUCGCCAGCAUACUCAGAAUACAACAGAUGCUUCAAAAGAUAUGAGUUGCGAGUCGGUGGUGACGAGUCAUUUGACUCAGAAUCCACCACAGGAUGCUAGUCCUGCUGGACUUUUGUCCAUUGCUGAAGAAACUUUAACAGAGUUUCUAUCGAAGGCUACUGGAACUGCUGUUGAGUGGGUCCAAAUGCCUGGAAUGAAGCCUGGUCCGGAUUCCAUUGGAAUCGUUGCUAUUUCUCAUGGUUGCAUUGGUGUGGCGGCAAGAGCCUGCGGCCUGGUCAGUCUUGAGCCUACAAGGGUUGCUGAGAUCCUCAAGGAUCGCCCCUCAUGGUAUCGUGAUUGCCGAGCUGUUGAUGUGGUCAACUUGUUGCCCACUGCCAAUGGUGGAACCAUUGAACUUUUGUACAUGCAGCUUUAUGCUCCGACAACUUUGGCCACUGCUCGUGAUUUUUGGCUGCUGCGAUAUACUUCUGCUUCAGAAGAUGGCAGUCUAGUGGUUUGCGAAAGAUCACUAAGCAACACUCAAAACGGUCCGAGCAUGCCAGCAGUUCAGAACUUUGUCCGAGCCGAAAUGCUGCCUAGUGGUUACCUUAUUCGACCGUGUGAAGGAGGUGGCUCUAUUAUUCACAUUGUUGAUCAUAUGAACUUAGAGGCAUGCAGUGUACCUGAGGUGCUACGCCCGUUGUAUGAAUCACCAGCCAUUCUUGCUCAAAAGAUGACGAUGAUGGCUUUACGCCAGCUUAGACAGAUUGCCCAAGAAGCUUCCCAACCUAGUGCUCCUAAUUGGGGCCGUAGACCCGCAGCAUUAAGAGCACUUAGCCAGAGGUUAAGCAGGGGUUUUAAUGAGGCUAUCAAUGGGUUUACUGACGAAGGUUGGUCAAUGAUAGAUAAUGAUGGUAUCGAUGAUGUUACUAUUCUUGUGAAUUCCUCUCCUGACAAGCUUAUGGGAUUGAAUCGUUCUUUUGCAAAUGGAUACACACCUGUUAGUAAUGCUGUAAUGUGUGCAAAAGCAUCAAUGCUUCUACAGGUAAGUUUUUUUUGUUGCUGGGUCAGUUUUUACAAGUGGCAACCAUUUUCCAUUCAUCCAAUUUUUAUGUUAUUUUUUCAGAAUGUUCCUCCUGCCCUCCUUCUUAGGUUCUUAAGGGAGCAUCGAUCAGAGUGGGCAGAUAGCAAUAUCGAUGCUUAUUCAGCUACAGCAGUUAAACUUGGACCGUGUAGCAUACCAGGGUCUCGAAUAGGAAGUUAUGGUGGUCAAAUUAUCCUUCCCCUUGCUCAUACUAUUGAGCAUGAAGAGUUAUUGGAAGUUGUUAAGUUGGAGGGUGAGCAAUGUCCAGAAGAUCCCAUAAUGCCAAGAGACAUGUUUCUUCUUCAACUAUGCAGUGGAAUGGAUGAGAAUGCUGCGGGCAUGUGUGCUGAACUUAUAUUUGCUCCAAUUGAUUCUUCUUUUGCUGAUGAUGCACCUCUUUUGCCUUCUGGCUUUCGCAUCAUUCCUCUUGAUUCUGGCAAGGAGACUUCAAGUCCAAAUCGCACGCUUGAUCUUGCUUCAGCUUUAGAAAUAGGUGGGUCUGGGAAUAAGUUAUCUGGUGAUCAUAAUACUGCUAGCGGGACUGCAAGAUCAGUGAUGACAAUAGCAUUCGAAUUUGCUUUUGAGAGCCACAUGCAACAAAGUGUAGCGUCAAUGGCUCGUCAAUAUGUGUUGACUAUUAUCUCCUCGGUUCAGCGGGUAGCGUUGGCGCUGUCUCCAUCUCACCUGAACCCUAAUGGAGGUCUGCAGGCACCCAUGGGCACUCCUGAAGCUCAUACUCUAGCUCGUUGGAUCAGCCACAGUUACAGGUGCUACUUGGGGGUGGACCUUCUUAAAGCUGGCAGCCAUGGAAAUGAGUCGAUUCUUAAGUCUCUUUGGCACCAUUCCAAUGCAAUCAUGUGUUGUUCUCUAAAGGCGUUGCCAGUUUUCACUUUUGCAAACCAGGCUGGUCUUGAUAUGCUUGAAACCACACUUGUUGCACUUGAAGAGAUUACUUUGGAGAAGAUCCUAGAUGAACAUGGGCGAAAAACCCUUUGUUCAGAGUUUCCACAAAUUAUGCAACAGGGUUUUGGGUGUCUUCAAGGGGGGAUAUGUUUAUCGAGCAUGGGGAGACCAGUUUCUUAUGAGAGAGCAGUGGCAUGGAAGGUGCUGAAUGAAGAAGAAAAUAGCCACUGCAUCUGCUUUAUGUUUCUUAACUGGUCUUUUGUUUAAUAAAUCAGGUGUCGUUUCAUCUUUUAGAAGCGAACAUGCAUGUAAACGUUAUCGUGCCUCUUUUACAAUUUGGUUUACGAACUUGAUCCAUAUCGCUUUUGAAUCGUA